UUGAAUGUUCACGGCGCCCGUCUCCGCGUCGCACCCGCAGCAGGCAAUGACUGUAGAUCGAUUCUAGGCCUUGGUUACGGCUAUGGUACCGGUAUCGGCUGUGGUGACGGUGUUGGCUAUGGCACUGGUGUUGGCUAUUGUACCGGCGUUGGCUACUGUGCCGGUAUUGGUUGUGGUGACGGUAUUGGCUAUGGUGCCGGUUUUGGAUGUGGUGACGGUAUUGGCUAUGAUGCCGGUAUUGGCUGUGGUGACGGUAUUGGUUAUGGUACCGGUAUUGGAUAUGGCACCGGUGUUGCCUAUGGUACCGGUAUUGGCUGUGGUGACAGUAUUGAUUAUGGUACCGGUAUUGGUUUUGGUACCGGUGCUUGCUAUCCUACUGGUAUUGGCUAUGGCACUGGUAUUGGCUAUGGCACCGGUAUUGGAUAUGGAUAUGGUCUUGGAUACGGUUUCGGAAGAUGCGCCGGCGGAUGUGGUGUUGUGGCUAUCGUUAUUAAGCCGUUCGUCAUGCGUCUAAGAAAAUUGGCGUCUGAAUUUUAUGUUAUAACAAUGUUAUUGUGA